CAGCCAACUCAAAGUCACCUCUGCUCCAGCAACUCAGCUGGCCAGAACCAGCUAGGGACUCCCUCCCACUCCGCAGCAGGAUCCAGGAACUUGCCCCUAUUGGGCAAUCAUUAAUCGGAUUCUUGGCAUUCCUCUGCCCCUGGUCAGCAUGCUUCCCACCAGAGCCGGAGCAGAAACUCAGGACUGGCAUUUGGACAUGCAGCUGACCAGCAAGCUGGUGCUGUCCGCAGCUGCGCUGCUCCUGGUAACGGCGGCUUACAAACUCUACAAGUCCAGGCCUGCCCCCGCCGGGCAAGCAGGGAGAAAUAAUAAGAGCCACAAAGCACAAGAUGAAGCAGAGGGCUUGGGGCAAGCUGCCUUCCAGGGGGCUCCUCCUGGGACCCCACCAAGGGGGCCAAGACGCAGGAAGGCCAGCAAGGGAGCUGGGGCCCCACUGGACUGCAACUUGGAAGACCCAGGAGACUCCUGCCAACUGGUCGCCUCCAGAUCUGGGGAGUCCACAAGAAAAGGCUCUGAUGAGAAUCAGAGAGGGCAGCACCCAGAUUCUCAGCAGGUGCCUCCACCCUGCAGUGGCCAGGAAGCCGGAACAGCUGUUAGAGGUAAGCCCAACCCUCCCCACCUCCCUCAUCUGGGUUGUGAACCUACAAGCUCCCCAGCCAGACUUCUCCCAGAAGUGGGCGGCAGCUGUGUGGGUAACAAGCUUUCUCCAUGGCCAGACGGCAGACCCCCAGAGCAAACAGGGUCUAGAGACCCAAGAGCCCCCAACUGUUGCACUGAUCCCACAGUGGUCAGCAGUGACAUGAACCAGAGGUGGGUCUUCACCCAUGUGACAGGGGUCAGCAGGGGAGAGGCUGGGACCCUCCAGGCUGCUGCAGACAUGGGCCUGGCAACACAGCAACAGGAAGGAGCCACCAAUGCCUCCUACACCUUCUCAUCUGUGGCCCGGAUCCGGAUGGAGGAGAAUGUUAUACAGAAGGCCAAGGGACCAGGGCCUGAGCUAAAGGGCAGAGUAUAUGACUACUUUGUGGAGUCCACAUCGAAGGCUGUCUCCAGGCCGCUGGUCCCCUGCACAGCAGCUCUGGCUAAUGCUCCAUCCCCUGGGCCUAAGCCAGAGCCCCUGGUCACAGGAGCUGACUCCAGAGGCCAAGCUGAUAAUAAAGAGGAUGCAGCAGAGGUAGUGCCAGCCCCCUCUACAUCAGGCUUCAGCAGAAAGGUGAGUCUCUUGCAGAUCGCUGAGAAUCCAGAGCUCCAACUGCAGCCGGAAGGCUUCAGGACACCCCCUCCUGCCUACUUGGACCAGGAAGCCCAGAUCAAUUCAGCCUGCAGCCACGGGGAGCCCCAUGUACAGCUUGUAGCUGGGACCAAUUUCUUCCACAUCCAGCUCACCCCUGCUUCAGCUCAGGAUGUCCGCCUGGACCUGGGCAAUUGCUAUGAGGUGCUGACCUUGGCCAAGAGGCAGGGCCUUGAGGCCCUGAAGGAAGCAGCCUACAAGGUAAUGAGUGAUAACUACCUCCAGGUCCUCCGCAGCACAGACAUCUAUGGGGGCCUGAGUGGGGCAGAGCGGGAGCUGAUCCUCCAGCGACGGUUCCGUGGCCACAAGUGCCUGGUGGUGGCCGACGUGUGUCCCCAGGAAGACAGUGGCCGCCUCUGUUGCUAUGACAAUGUGCAGGAUGCCUGGCACCCGCUGGCCCAGCUGCCCAUGGAGGCCAUGUCCCGGGGCUGUUCUGUCUGUACUCUUUUCAAUUAUCUGUUUGUGGUGUCUGGCUGCCAAGGACCUGGGGGCCAACCCUCCAACCGGGUCUUCUGCUACAACCCCCUGACUGAAAUCUGGAGUGAGGUGUGCCCACUGAACCAGGCCCGGCCUCACUGCCGGCUGGUGGCCCUGGAGGGGCACCUCUAUGCCAUUGGAGGUGAGUGUCUGAACACAGUGGAGCGUUAUGACCCUCGAGCGGACCGCUGGACCUUUGCUCCACCACUCCCCAAUGACACAUUUGCCCUGGCACACACAGCCACAGUGUGCGCCAAUGAGAUCUUUGUCACUGGGGGCAGCCUGCGCUACUUGCUGCUCCGAUUCUCAACCCAGGAGCAGCGUUGGUGGGCCGGCCCCACGGGGGGCAGCAAGGACCGCACAGCUGAGAUGGUGGCUGUCAAUGGCUUUCUCUACCGUUUUGACCUCAACCGCAGCCUGGGCAUCAGCGUGUACCGCUGCAGUGCCAGCACCCGCCUCUGGUAUGAGUGCGCCACCUACCGCUUGCCUUACCCCGAUGCCUUCCAGUGCGCCGUGGUGGAUGAUCAUAUCUACUGUGUGGGACGCAGGCACAUGCUCUGCUUCCUGGCCGACCACAUCUCGCCCAGGUUUGCGCCUAAGGAGCUACACGGUUUCCCUGCUGCGCGGGGCACCCUUCUGCCUGCCGUCCUGACCCUGCCUGUCCCUGAUGUGCCCCAGACCCCUGUCUAGCAGCCCCUCUGCUGGGCUCCAUAGGGAUGCAGCAAAAUUCUCUGCUCAUCACUCUGGGUAAGAGGUGGGCAGGAACUUGGCCGUGGGGUGGAAAGUUAUCUCUUCUCCACCAUAGGCUACAGGGCCUUGGAGGAUUCUUUAACCCCCACAGUCCACAGACCUGCUACAACAGUGAAGCCAGGGCCCAGCAUUCCAGGACAGCGGGUGCCAGCACUGUCCUGCAACUCAGAACUCCUGGCAGGGGCUAUUUCAGGACCCCACUGAAACUCAGGGCCAUAGUCUCAUCCCAAUCACAGGUGGCAGGGGACCCCCAGGGGGCCCCUCAAGCUGCUUAGCUUUCUGUAAUCCAGCACAGACCACCUUCCUAAGCACUGGGGCCCACCUUUGAAGCUUCUAGAACAACUGAAGGAGGAGGUUUGGGCAGAAGCAGGAAGGAGCUCACGAUACCCCCGAGAUUCAGCCAGAAGAACCGGCAUGGCUAAAGCUGAAGGCACCCACAGGGACGCCUGUUUGCAGAACAUAUUGACCAAGGACCACUUUACUUUUUUUUUUUGGUUACCUCAAGUUCCGUGUGCUGGAAAGAAGAGAAACAUCCAUCUCAGCAGGAGUUCUGUUUGAAUAUUAGUCAUUGCACAACUGAGGUCUUGGGAGACAAGGUACAGAUGUGGUUCCAGACUCCCUUUCUCCAGACCACAGCCAUGCUAGACUACCACCUGACCACAGCACUCUCCCCAGAGUUCAGAAUCCUCUCUGCCCGCUGGCCAGGACAGCGACCGCUACAGCUCAUCAGCAUGGCCUUCUCUGUGUCUGGUAGCCAUCUUGUCUGCUUUGUCAGAUGGGAAGGAAUGGGGAGAAGAAGCAGGUCUGGGAUGGAGCUAAGAAGAUGGAAGGUCCUAGUGGAACAUCCAGGAGGAACAUCUUUUACAUCCGAGGAGACUCAGUUCUAGGUAGAAAGACAGAGAGCCUGAUCCAACCUUUCACUCCACCGUGCCCUUGUUCCAUUCUAAGGAAACAAAGUCGUCGGGAGGAAAGCAAUGAUGUUCUUGGAACUAGCCAGGAAGCACGAGGUGUGAGUCACAGUUGGGGCGGUCCUGACAAUUGGGAGACUAACACUUGGACCCUGUGUUCCUUUGAAGUCCCCCACAGAUCCCUCUGAUGGCCAAGCAGACCCACGGGGGGUCACACAGCUGCUGGAAGUGAGGCUGGGGGACUUUUUGGAAGAUGCAGGAUUAGAAUGCAGAGCAAGGAGGAGGUUGGCAUGGAGAUGAGAAAAGAGCUUUUGUUGGACCACGCAAGGCGACUACCCUGGCCAAGGGCCUGGGAGGAGGAAGUAGCUAAGUGAUUCUUGAAUUGAAAGCUAAGUAAGAAAGGCUGUCUGGGCCACACUGGGUUGCCAGGGAAGGGAUCCUGCCCUCUGCCAAGGUCAUGUUGAUACUUAGGCAUCAAUCUCUGAGGAACAUUGGGAUGGCUUUAGUAAAAAGAGUGAAAGAUGUUGUGGACAUUUGUACACAGUGUGAAAAUGUAUUGCUGUGAUUGGUGUCAUAAAAAGCUAAUAGCUAGG